CGAGGGCUCCCGGGGAGGCGCGCCCCCUGGCUGGGCGCCUCUGGCACCAUGGGGCUCCCGGCGCUGGAAUUCAGCGACUGCUGCCUGGACAGCCCGCACUUCCGAGAGACGCUCAAGUCGCACGAAGCGGAGCUGGACAAGACCAACAAAUUCAUCAAGGAGCUCAUCAAGGACGGGAAGUCCCUCAUCAGUGCGCUCAAGAAUUUGUCUUCAGCGAAGAGGAAAUUUGCAGAUUCCUUAAAUGAAUUUAAAUUUCAGUGCAUAGGAGAUGCAGAGACAGAUGAUGAAAUGUGUAUAGCAAGGUCUUUGCAGGAGUUUGCCAGUGUUCUCAGGAAUCUUGAAGAUGAACGGAUACGGAUGAUUGAGAAUGCCAGUGACGUGCUCAUCACACCCUUGGAGAAGUUUCGGAAGGAGCAGAUUGGGGCUGCCAAGGAAGCCAAAAAGAAGUAUGACAAGGAGACAGAGAAGUAUUGUGGAAUCUUAGAAAAACACUUGAAUUUGUCUUCCAAAAAGAAAGAAUCUCAGCUGCAGGAGGCAGACAGUCAAGUGGACCUGGUCCGGCAGCAUUUCUAUGAAGUAUCCCUGGAGUAUGUCUUCAAGGUGCAGGAAGUCCAAGAGAGGAAGAUGUUUGAGUUUGUGGAGCCUCUACUGGCAUUCUUGCAAGGACUCUUCACUUUCUAUCACCAUGGUUACGAACUGGCCAAGGAUUUCAGCGACUUCAAGAUGCAGCUGACCAUUAGCAUACAGAACACAAGAAAUCGCUUUGAAGGCACCAGGUCAGAAGUGGAGUCACUGAUGAAAAAAAUGAAGGAGAAUCCCCUUGAGCACAAGACCAUCAGCCCCUAUACCAUGGAAGGGUACCUCUAUGUUCAGGAGAAACGUCACUUUGGAACUUCUUGGGUGAAGCACUACUGUACAUAUCAGCGGGAUUCCAAACAGAUCACCAUGGUACCAUUUGACCAAAAGUCAGGAGGAAAGGGGGGAGAAGACGAGUCAGUCACUCUCAAAUCCUGCAUCCGGCGGAAAACAGACUCUAUUGAGAAGAGGUUUUGCUUUGACGUAGAAGCAGUAGACAGGCCAGGGGUUAUCACCAUGCAGGCUCUGUCGGAGGAGGACCGGAGGCUCUGGAUGGAAGCCAUGGAUGGCCGGGAGCCUGUCUACAACUCGAAUAAAGACAGUCAGAAUGAAGGAACUGCACAGUUGGACAGCAUUGGCUUCAGCAUAAUCAGGAAAUGCAUCCACGCUGUGGAAACCAGAGGUAUUAAUGAGCAGGGGCUCUACCGAAUCGUGGGGGUCAAUUCCAGAGUGCAGAAGUUGCUGAGUGUCCUGAUGGACCCCAAAACAGCUUCUGAAACCGAAACGGAUAUCUGUGCGGAAUGGGAGAUCAAGACCAUCACUAGUGCUUUGAAGACCUACCUGAGAAUGCUUCCAGGACCACUCAUGAUGUACCAGUUUCAAAGAAGUUUCAUCAAAGCAGCAAAGCUGGAGAAUCAGGAGUCUCGGGUGUCUGAAAUCCACAGCCUUGUUCAUCGGCUCCCAGAGAAAAACCGCCAGAUGUUACAGCUACUCAUGAACCACUUGGCAAAUGUUGCUAACAACCACAAGCAAAAUUUGAUGACAGUGGCGAACCUUGGCGUGGUGUUUGGACCCACCCUGCUUCGGCCUCAGGAAGAAACAGUAGCCGCCAUCAUGGAUAUCAAAUUUCAGAACAUUGUCAUUGAGAUCCUGAUCGAAAACCAUGAUAAGAUAUUUAACACCGUGCCUGAAAUGCCUCUCACCAAUGCCCAGCUGCACCUGUCUCGGAAGAAGAGUGGUGACUCCAAGCCCCCGUCCUGCAGCGAGAGGCCCCUGAUGUGCUCAGGGCUAGCCUUGGCUCAUUCUCACUGUGGUGUCCACAUGGCCUGGGUUCCUCCACAUGUACCAGCAAAGGCUUGGAAAAGGCCUGGCCACACCCACAUCUGCCACGAACAAGACUGUGAGGUGAUGUGCUUCUCGGGUUUCCAGGAGAGCCAUGGUCACCUCAUGUUUUGUACAAACGUGUACAGUGCAGAUUGGGACAGAUCAGACAGUGCUGAGGAACAAAGAAACAGCAUCAUUAACUCCAGCUUGGAAUCUGUCGUCUCAUCAAAUGCAAACAGCGUUCUUAAUUCUAGCAGCAGCUUACAGCCCAACAUGAAUUCCAGUGACCCAGACCUGGAUGUGCUCAAACCCACCCGGCCCAACUCACUCCCCCCGAAUCCAAGCCCAACUUCACCCCUCUCGCCAUCUUGGCCCAUGUUUUCGGCGCCAUCCAGCCCUAUGCCCACCUCAUCCACGUCCAGCGACUCAUCCCCCAUCAGGUCUGUGGCAGGGUUUGUUUGGUUUUCUGUUGCUGCCGUUGUUCUCUCAUUGGCUUGGUCCUCUCUUCAUGCAGUGUUCAGCCUCCUCGUCAACUUUGUUCCCUGCCAUCCAAAUCUGCACUUGCUUUUUGACAGGCCAGAAGAAGCAGUUCAUGAAGACUCCAGCACUCCGUUCCGGAAGGCAAAAGCCUUGUACGCUUGCAAAGCUGAGCACGACUCGGAGCUCUCAUUCAUCGCAGGCACGGUCUUCGAUAAUGUUCACCCGUCUCAGGAGCCAGGCUGGUUGGAGGGGACUCUGAAUGGAAAGACGGGCCUCAUCCCCGAGAACUAUGUGGAGUUCCUCUAACCGUGGGCCCAGCAGAACUGCUGAGCUUUCCAUGGUAUCCAUGACAACUGCUGAGUCCAGUGUUGCAGGGCAUUUCUCUGCCACCGAGAAGUGCAGGUUGACUGCCUCUGCUGCUCCGUCAACACCAGUGUUUCUGUGAACUUUGGUGUCACCCAUCCCCACGAUCAUCUCAGCUGACCUGUGGUGACACUGCAGGAAACAGAAGUAAAUCAGCAGGGGAGGCCAUUUGAUUUUGAAAACCGAGAGAAAGGCUGGCGCAGCCAUCUCCCUCGUUCAGCAACCUAAUGGGGAGCACUCCUUUUGUCUCAACAGCCCCCCAAAUUCCCAACCUUCUGAAAGUGGAAGUAAGAUCCUUAAGAGCAUGUGGGGCUGGGUCACGGCUCCGAGAUCCAGGCUGGGCCAUUGCUCUUGUUUACAGCAGACGCUCUAACCCACCUCUCCAUACUCAAGACCCACGGGGCUCCAGGCUGCUGGGCUGUUUGUUUGCAUGCAGGAUGGAGAGGGCUUACAGCACUGUUUACAUAAGAUCCAAUCUCUCACCAUCUCUAAAACAGCCUUGGCCCAGCAUCAGCAGAAUUCAGUCCAGUCCUCUCAUGCAAGGGAGCACACACACCCCACAUUCCCCGCCUCCCAAGCUAGGAACUUCUUUGCCACCGAGGGCUGCCAUCGCCUCGUAACCAUGGCAACCCAACCUACUCUAAACCAAACCAAAAAAAAAACACUCUCUUUGCAUCACAUAUUUUUUUUCUCCCCCCUUUUGGAUAGUUUUUUGAAUGGUUUUCCAAUAACCUAGCGCAGAAGAUCAAGAAAUGAGCGUUGUCUGCUUAAGGCAGACAGAAAGAAUAGCAACUGGGAACGUUUCCUUUCUGAUUUAUUUCAGCAGCAUCAGGAUAUAUUUGGAGUAAACGCUAGUAACCUCUUGAGGUUAAAUUACAUUCAGGCUUAAUAUUUCUGUUCUUCCAUGUAACUGGUGUUUGCUUUCUAGAGAGCAAUAUGCUGCCUCCCAAUGGGUGACACCCUCCCUUUCCUGCCUCAGUCCCUAAUGGCCUCCCGUUUACCUGUCCUUGCCCCUGCCCUCGCCUGCCUCUAGCCCAUCACUGACCAUCCCUGGCAGUUUUCAGAUGGCCUGGUGGUUUCCAGGGCCAAUUCCUAGUCUAGCCCUAUGGCCUAUUGUUUAAAAGGACAUAUAUGUUCACUGCCAUUCAGAAUAAGGGAAUUAUUUCUCAGGCUUUUGAGGCAUGAGAUUAAUGUCAUGAGCCAUUGUGAUUCAGGAGGACACCAAAAGCUUGAGGCAUAGAAGGUGGGCAUUUCCUGGUCCCCCAGGGCCUGGGUCUUGGGGCAGACUGCCUUGGGUGGGGAAGUUCGGCCUGGACACUUCAGAUUCACUUGGCCUCCAAAGGACAGAGUCCCCGGGAUCUUCCACACUUGAAUGUCCUUGCAAGAGUGGCUCUGGGCAGACAAACUUUAGACUGAAGGACUGUCAGACUCCUGGACGCCGCCGAUGGCAGCCACACUUCAGAGUGUAUCCUGCUCCUGGAAUUUCUCUUUAGGGAAGUUGAAAGAAGAAAAGAAAAACUUGAAUUGUGUUGGAUUACUGUAUCUUUUACAUUUUUUUGAAAAGAUAAACCUGUAAAUAGAGUGAUUUGAAAUAACUAUAUGGCAAAGUUUUAUAUUUGAUAUUCUUGAAGCUAGUUGCCCCACACAUUUUAAGCUUUGAUUGCUGAACAAGUGUGUAUAAGAAGGAAAGAUGGGUCUCAAUCUCGAAGGGACUCAAGGUCAUACCUCCUGGCCUUGAGGAAGGAGAAGGUAUUUCUGCACAUGCUCUGCUGGCUCUUGUCAGUGGGCAUAACACACUGAUGGUGUCCAGUCUUCUUUAUCCAGAGGUGGUUUAGAGCAUUUCUUGGGCUUUGGGUUUGGAGAUGGAAAGAAUCAGGUAAAGAAUCUUUCCAAGAACUCCUCCUCCUACUCAGCUCAGGAUUAAAUAGAUGUGGCCAGGGCUUAGACUUAUUUUUUUCAUUUUUAUUCUCAGGUGUGUUUCUUGGUAUCCCAGGAUAUCAGGACAGAAGGAUACAGGAUAAUUGCGUACUCCUUUUUCUGCACAUCUUCUAAGACUUUAUGAAUGAAGCCAAGUGAAUUUGUAAAUGUUGUGUGUGUCCAAGUUCUGAGGAAAACUGGCUUCUUGGGAUCUUUUAUUCUCAGUAUGCUGUGGCUUCUUCUUUCUCUGGACAUGUUCAUGCCCUUCCUGUUCAUCUCAAGUUUCCUAUAACCCCAAACCAAGGAAAAAACUCCAAAGAGGAUUGGAGAAUGUGUGGUUAGCGCUUUAUAGCUGGUUUCCAAGUUAUUGGGAGUUUGCCGUCGUGACUCAGUUCGUGGGUUCAGGGUGGCACAGCGACCACCCAGGAGCUCCCCCAGCAGCAGUUGAGACACUACCAUGGGGUCAGGGAGCAAGGAAAAAGACUGGGCAAACCCGGAUAGGACUCGGGAAAGCUAUCACUGAAAACCCAAGAAGGAAAUUUAUGAAUAGGCUCCACCUACUCCCUGUGGACUUCGAACAGCCUAGGGACCUGUUCCAAGGGCCUGAGGGGACAAGCACACUAUUCCACUGUGUUUCCCAAAUAGGAGGAGUGCAAUGUGAUGCUUUUAACAUAUUUUAUAUUGUCACCAGCCCGUGGGACCUGGACUAGAGCUAACAUGGAGGAGAAAGGUGCAGGCUCUGGCCAGUAGUUCUCACUGGAGCAUACCAGUGGACACUUGGCCAUGACUUGACCACUUGGAAACAUGUCCCUCCCUCCUCAGUUGGCCCUGAUUUGAAGCCAGGGGGAAAUAGAGCUGCUGCCAAUGGGAAUUUUUAGGUAGAUCCCUUCCCAGCAUCCCUGUGGCCAUGCUGGACCUGUGGCAGAUGGCUGCUCCAUCUCUUGGCCCAGUCAGGCUUACCCCUCUCCAUUUGCUACAGAACUGGAAAAACUGCAUAUGAAAGGAGCUGACAAAUAGGAAGUAUUCUGGAGACUAAAACUAGAUUUUCCCAUCUUCACUGUCUCUGCCCCGUAAGCCCUUAUUGGCUCUGCUUGAACAGGGAACUUUAGGACAUAUUAGGGGUAUGAACCAGGCAUUAGAGUGGAAGACUGUUGACCAAGGUCCCUGAGCUUCCCCAGGGGGCCUAGUUUUGUUGUAAGGCCCUGAGAUGUGCUGGGCAUACAGAGCCUGAGCCUUUGUUGGGUAAUAAGAUCAGUCUCUCACUCCUUCAGGUACUCACAGAAGUCUAUGUCUACAGAAUACCAUGUCCUAAGAAGACAACUAGUUUCAAACCCCUGCCCCCAGGCAAGUAGUUUCCUGAUUCACUCAAGAUUGGUGAUAUUCUCUUCUCUUUUCAAAAAUAAACGUAUAGGGGUAGAACCAGUAUAAGCCGCCUUCCUUGGUAUCCUUAAUUAGAGCCAGUUUUUAGCUUACUGUUUUAGUAUUUCAAUGGCCAAUGUGUUUUCUUGUCAGACCAAAUGUUUUGUUCAGCCCCAUUCAAGUUUAUCCACUUUUGCUGAGGAUUUUGUAUUAACAGAGGCAGAGAGAGAGAGAGAGAGAGAUCAGGACAGUCAAGCUCCUAGUGACAAGGUCUCUCGGGCAUUGGUCAGGACCCCAUGAUUGUGUGUGCCACAUCUAGCUUGAAAGGAAGUCCUUCUACCAACUGCAUUUGUGUCUCCUGAAAACAGCAACCCCGGUCUCACCAAAAGUUCAGUCCUGACUCCAAAAACAUCCAAGAUUGAGCAUUAGGGAGACAGAAAUGAUUGAUGAUAACUUAAUCACCUCUUAGUGACUGUCUAUUGGGACCUUUCAUCCUCUGGCUUCUCUUUCCAAAAGCAAGUCUGGACCACCCGUCUUUGUAGACACAGGAUGGCCAGGUAAAACAGUGGCCAUCGUGGCACCUGCAGUUUCCCUCGUAUUGAAUGUCUGAUGAGCCACCGCAUCACCCAAGUGGGUCGCCAGCACUGAAGAAACCAAACAGCCUCUCAAGCUGCCUGGCUUUCAAAGGAGUGUCCUAGGUGUUCUGUCCCAGGAGUUAUCUGUCAUCUCUGGCAAACUCGACAGUAACCAAUUACCUAGACAACCCUGCCCCACAUCUCUUUAAGUUAGCUGGGUGUCCUCUCACACACCCUGUACUGGUGUUUUAAAAAUUUAUCUUGUGCUCAAAUGUGUUUGGCAGCCACGCUGAUCUGCCAGGUGCAGAACUACUCUGUAAUUGUAGCGUCAGAAUGACAACAGUGGCAGAGCAGUGCACUGUGCACAAUUCCACAGCGUGCCUGAGACAGAACCCAGCAAGUUGUCUAACUAAAGAGCUCCCCAAAGCAGAGGGAGGGACCCUAGAGAGUGCAGACGUCAUUCAGAGCCAGUCCUGCAGAAUUGUGGUCUUCCAGCGGAAGCACACAGAUUCUUGAGAAAGUAUUGGGUGAAAAGCAAUGAUAGGAGCAGAGAAAGAAAAAGGCGAACCGGACUGAAGAACUUUGAGUUUUUUUUAAGAGUGAUAAGUAUAGUUCUUAAUACAGGAAGAAAAAAAAUCUAUCACGAAAAAGUUCACCACUGAUAUGUUUACAAAAGUUUUACAGGGCACGACAAGAUAGAAACAUCUUUGAAGGUGGAAUGGUUUAGAGAGCAAAGGCCUGGCAUUGCCCUAAACCCCAUAUAAGGGUAGCAGUUACUAUUGGGUCAAAAUUCUCCUGAGUGUAGUAAGAACCAGAGUACUGGUCAUCAAGAUGUCGGAAUAACCUGGAGACAUCAAGACAUUCUACGCCAUUCUGCAUGGACCAUCUCUACGAAGCUGUUCAGACACCUGUGAGCGCCUCCUUGGGGAUCCAGAUGCCAGAGUCAACCUUGUACCUGUGAAAGCAUCUCCUCUGACAGUUCUAAAGUAUACAUGUAUCAGUAUGUGUCUGUGGAUGUAUGUAUGGUGCACAUUUGCACAUGUAAUAGAAACUCACUAAACUGGCGGUCGCUGAGCCUUCGCAGCCUUUAAGAGUUGAAGGUUGAGAAUUCAAGAAACAAGAGAGGCUGUUGAUUGACUAUCAAAAUGACCAGACAUGUAAAUGAAGUGCCAUUUUAAAACUUUGUUCAUAUUAAAUGAUUACUAUCUACAGCUAUAUUCCAUAUUAACUUAUUAAAAGUCAUCUUGAAAAAAGAUCAAACGCAUAAGUGUUCAGUAGCUAAUACUAGACUAGUGUUCAGAAGCACUCUAAAAGACAUUUGGUCCAUAUUUUGGAGAAGAAAAUAUCUGCAUGUUUAAUUCAUAAUUUAGGCUACCUUUGAGUAUAUUAUACAAGUGCAGUGUGGUAUAAUAUCAAUAAAGUACUUAAAAAUGGCACUUUAAUGUUUUUAUAAAUCAUAAAUAAUGUACUGUUUUAAACUUCAGUAUUGAAUAUUGACUGGUGUGUAGAAUCCAAUUCUGUAAUUAAAAAGUAAUUUGUGACUAGAAUAAAACUUUUCUCCUGUUAUUAAUGAAACAGUUUUGCCAUGUUCAAGCUUUAAAAUAAUGUGCUUUUGCAUCACAAAGCAUAUCUAUAAAGAAGUACAAUUUCGGUUGAGUGGCCUUGAAACUUGGCCUUCGUACAUUUGUUUGGUUUACGUGACAAUCCCAAUAAAACAAGUGGAAGUAUGAUUUUUGAAUUAAAUGACCUUUCCAUUUGA